AUGGCGGCGGGAGAUGAUACCGCACCGACCGAAACACCGACCGUCACCGUUGCUCAGCUGGAGGCUCUCACAGCUCAGAUGAAGCAGAACGAAGAACGACUUGCGCAAAUCCAGGCGGAGAACGCAACCCUACGAGCAGAAAACGCGUCAUUGGCUCAGGCUCGCAAUAGAUAUCGAGACCGGUUCCCUCCUAUGCAAUCGUUCGACACUCCACCACUUACGGGUGCAACAGGAGCAGCCCUAGGAACAGGAGCUACCGACGCUGCGCAAGGUAACCAAACAUUGGUUCCACCCCUUGCACCAACGAUGGAACAUCAAUCUGAAGACUCGCAUACUAUGUUCUCAAAGCGAUUGGAGGCUAUGGAGCUCUUGCUCGCGCGACUUCCAGGAGUAGCUCCUCCAAUCACCAAAAGUGCUCCUAAUUGCUAUGCAGACACUCCCUUCACGGAUGCCAUCGCUUUGGUUGAGAUGCCAAAGAAGUUCAUCGUCCCUUCAAUGAAGAUGUACGACGGGACGACCGACCCUGAUAAUCAUAUAGCCCAGUACAAGCAACGCAUGUUCACAACGGCAAUAGCAAAAGAAUAUCGCGAAGCUAGUAUGUGUAAAGGAUUUGGAUCUAGCCUCACGGGACCAGCUCUUCAGUGGUUUACGAACCUACCGAACGCGUCAAUCGACUCGUUCGCGUCAUUGACAGACCGCUUUGUUGAGCAAUUCGCGAGCAGCAGGAACAUAGAAAGGACAGCCGACGAUCUCUAUGAAGUGAUACAGAAGAGAGGAGAACCGUUGCGCGAUUACGUAGGUCGCUUCAACAAAGAGAAAGUAUCCAUUCCGGCAUGUGUCACGUCCACUGCCAUCUCUGCAUUCAAAAGAGGAUUGCUCCCAGACAGUGAUUUGUACAAGGAACUGACGAAGUACCAGUGCAGAACGAUGGAAGAUGUGCUAUCUAGAGCAUGGGCUCAAAUAAGACCGUACCAGAGACCACGCAGUGAAAGCACUAGCAAGAGAAGCGACAGCAGAAGCGACCAUCGACCACUCAACCAAAUUGAGAGCGACCAACGCUCAUCAUCCACAUGGCCAGACAUGAGUAACCUCGCAAUAUCUCCUGCAGAACUAGUCAAUGUUCUUAAUCAUAUAUCUGGAGUAAGAUGGCCUCAAAAGAUGAAAGCACCAGGGGAACGAAGAGACACAUCAAAGUGGUGCGACUUUCACUCUGACCAUGGUCAUAGAACAGAAGAUUGCAUCACGUUGAGAAUGGAAGUAAACGAGCUACUAAAAAAAGGUCACUUGAGAGAACACUUGUCCGACAGGGCUAGGAGUCGCAUCGACGACAGAAGCAAUGACGAGUUGCAAAGAAAACCAUCUCCUGCUCAAUCUCCGGAGCAUGAUCGAAUCAUCAACGUGAUAUCGGGAGGAUCAGAGGUUAGUGGAAUUACUCAUUCUGCUGCUAAAAAGAGUACUAGAAUAGCUAGAACUCAUCAUGGAGAUGUCAAAGCUAUAUGCGAGCGACUGUCGAAGUGCACGAUUAGCUUUGCUUCAGAUGAAGAUAAGUGUGUCCUAGCUCCACAUCAUGAUGCAUUAGUCAUAUCUUUGACAAUUGCUAAUAGUCUGAUGAAAAGGACACUCGUUGAUAAUGGGAGUUCGACCAACAUUCUCUUCAUGGAUGCUUACAAAGGAUUAGGGCUGGAUGAGAAUGCACUGACGCGAAAAUCCACACCACUGGUAGGAUUUAGCGGUGAAGUAAAGCAGACCAUAGGAGAAGUGACGCUGCCUGUGUAUGCAGGAGGAAUUAACCGACAGACAAAGUUUCUGAUACUAGAUUGUGCUACUGCGUACAACGCAAUUAUGGGACGUCCCUGGAUUCAUGACAUGGGGGCAGUGCCAUCGACACUCCAUCAAACCAUAAAAUUUCCUACUCCAUGGGGAGUCAAAGAGAUCAAGGGAGAACAAGAGCAUGCACGUUCAUGCUACCAAACUACCCUAAAAGGGAAAGGUCAUGAGCUAUAUCAACUAGAGAUCCAAUCGUCGAUUCCACAUACCAAAGAAGCAGAGGUGGAACAACUCUGUGAGAUCCACUGA